GCAGCUCCAACCAUGUUCUUGCUUCACUCAAUCUAAUUCAUCUCACUAGUUACACCUUUUUUCUGUGUUCUACUUUUUCUCUUCCAAUGUCUGUUGUCCUCUCACAACCUUUUUCCCCAGAUCACCCUGCAUUUCAAUAGCCGUUAAUCACUUUUCAUUUCGUUACCCAUCAAAAUUUUCAAAACCAAAUAACCAAAGCCAUGCAACAACAUUCUACACUGCUUUCUUUCCACCACCACUGCUACUAUAACAUUGUUGCAACUUGAAACUCAAAACUCUUGCCAAUUUGUUCUGAAAACAAUCAAAUGGGUUGCUGCUUCAGCACCCCUAACUCCAACCAAACCCAAAAUGAACCUCAACACCCUCAACCCCACCGUGGAUCCCUUCAACAAAACUGCAGAACCAGAAUCCCACAACCCCUUGAAGAGGAAUAUGUGAAAGAGGUUCUUUCUGAAACACCCAUCUCCAAACUACAACAAAUUCCAACUUUUAAGCCACAGAUGAAGACCCAAUUGCCCGUUAUGCAGCCCCCAGAAGUGCCCGUAAAAAAAGCUUUGGAACCUGAGGAAGUCUCUCUUGUGUCGGAAACAUGCAGCAACGGUGAGAGUUUCUCCACCACCACCACCGCCACCACCACGGUCACGGAAAUCCGAGAAGAUGAAGCCACGAGCAAGAGAAGCAACGCAACUCGGAACCGGAAGCGUUCCUACGCCGUGGACGGCAAUAGAAUCAGCUCCAGGGAGCGGAGGCAGAAAUCUCCGGCGAGAAAGCCAGAAAUUCCGGUGAGGUCACGGCCGGUUCCCCGGAGAGAUUCUGAUCAGGUACGCCGUCUUUCCGGCGGGGGUUCCAUCCGACGGUCGAGGUCACCAUCGCGUGGAGGCCGGAGUAAUAUCCGACCGCCGACGCGACAGGUUCCGGUGACUAAAGAUGCCGUGCAGAGAAACGAAGGCGUUUCGGUGAAGGAGUCAUUAGAGAACCCACAUGUGUCAUUGGAGUGCUUUAUUUUUCUGUAGGUUCAGCAAGCAAGUUUUUCUGUUAGUUGUUUCAAGGGUUUUUGGUUUGGUGGAAGCAAUUUUGAGUCGCAUCACAUGACAUGUUUUGCAUUUUAGUAGCAGUUUCAAGUUCAUUCCUUUCCUUGUUUAUCGGACACGACAAAAUUGCUUCUGUAAAUACCUGCAACUCCAUAUAGAUGUUUUCCUUUUUUGUGUUCUAGCCUUAUAUUUCUGGUUAAUUUGUAUGGAAUCUGCAGCAAUAAUAUGUCAUGUUUUGUUCUAAUUCUAUACACUCUU